AUGGAUAAUCAGCCUAUCAUGAAUGUCUCAGCUUUAAUAGUCACUGCAAUUGGGGUAUUUUCGUCGUUGUUCGCAUUUGCUAUGAACAUUUAUAUUCUGAAAAAUUUUGAAAGGAAAAAAAACGAUAUGGCCCUGUUCCGGUUCCGAUUUUUUUUGGACGUGGUUCUUGGUAGCACUACUGCGGUUUAUCUAGCAUCAAUGGGAAUAUCCGCAGUCUAUAUAAAAGAAUCUACCGAGUUUGCCAAUUUCGUAUUUCAUAUAGGAUUUUUCACCUCAAAUAUUGGAGUUAGCCGAUCACUUAUUACUUUAGCAAUUUCAAUUGAAAGAUUUGUCGCCGUUUAUUUCCCAAUAUUAUUCCUCCAAAAACAUCCAUUCUUCCCGAACUCGGUGAUUCCGAUCAUUGCAAUCGGCUACGGUGUCUUCGAGUAUCCAGUUUUGUAUAGUUUUUGCAAUUUUGAACUCAAUAUUCCAUACGGAUGCGUAACUCUUAGCUGCUCACUGAAUUUAUGCUUUUAUCAAUAUUGGACAACUUAUAAAACGAUCGUGUAUAUUCUGACUUUUUUAUCCACGAUUGUUUUGACCUGUAAGCUUUUGCUGAAAAUCCACGAAAGUCAGAGCAACAAUUUGACUCGAGCGAAUCGACUUGCACUCAUCGACUGUAUUGUCAUAUUUUUGUUUGAUUUUUUCCCAAUAUUAUUUGAAAAACUAGUCACUCAGAAAAAUAUAUUCACUCCUCGGAAUUUGGGCUCCUACAGCACCGUCACCAAACUGAGCGGUUGCGCUGUUGAGGCGUUUUUAGUUUAUCGGACUGUUAUUAGAAAGCAAGAUUUUGUGAAUGAAGCGACAACAAGCAAGGUUUCAAGCAUUUUAGUUGUGAAGAAAGUUACGUCUUGA